GGCUUCCACAUCCUUUUCGCAAACCACUUGUAUAACAGCACAGUGCCCCCAUACACAUACAUCCGCAAAACAUACCCAAUUUAUCAUACAAAAUGGGCCUCUUUACGCUCCUCUCCUUCCUCUCCCUCUCCUCCAGCGUCCUGGCCGCUCCUAGCAAGAACCAGAACAAACACCUCACCGCAACUGCCAUUGUCAACACUCCUGACAACACCUCCUCCGCCUUCGAAUGCUGGCAAAUAACCACCCCCUUCGACGCCGCGACCCUCGAUGGCACGGCGGCCGGCGCCAUGAACCUGGAUCUCGCAGACGUAUCUAAAGUAAACUACGUUGUGCGCCCGCCACACGAAGACUACGGGCUACACAAUGCGCCCAGCGCGCAGAUUGUCGUGUACCUCUCCGGAUCGAUCAAUAUCACUGUGCCGACGAAGCCAGAGCAGCAGUCGGUGAUUUUGGGUGGUAGACAUGGAUUAUUUUUCGCGAUGGAUACGCAGGGUGAGGGGCAUUAUGCGACGUAUCCGAGUGAUGAGCAGACGGUGGGGUUGAUGAUUCCGUUAAAGGAUGGGAAGGCGCCGGAGCAUGUGGUUUUGGAUGAUAAGGCUUGUGGGACGACCUCGAGCAUUGUUUAGUUUCGACUACCAAGCUGGAUGAUAUCAAGCAAUCCAUGAGUAAUAUGUUCAUAAUCAUGUAUCAUAACAUAACAAAAGAAUAACUACUAGUUCUCCGACA